GACUUUUUCCCGUCAUUCAGAAGGCAAUAUGGUCGCCAAUCAAAACACACCCAUUUCCGUAUUUCUUAAGUAAAGUUUGAUUGUUUAUGGUUAGCUACAGUUCUUGAUUUUCAUAAGAACAAAAUUUAGGCACUUAAGCCCUAACCCUGCCUAAGUUUUUAAGUAGAUCUAUUAAAGUAGUUUGGCCAACAAAUCUCCUUGGAAAAGUUGUAGCAAAAUGCCUCACACCAUAGAGAAAGAUUUCAACUACAGCUUUGAGACAAAAACAACCACUUCAAAUCUUAAUGUCCCAAUUACAGUGCCUAUGAACAAUUCUCCUCAAGAAUUUGUAGGGCGACUUGUUCAGUUACACAAUUUGCCAUGUUUUGUAGUUCGAGAACUAGAAGAAAAGCUUGAAGAAUUUGUGACUAAAGAAGCUACCUGCCUUCAUGACAGAAAUGCAGAUGAAUCAAUCAAUCAAGUAAAAAUGAGUGACACUGAGGUAGAAAACCUGUUAAAACAGUGGGUGACUGUUUAUAAUCAGGAGUUGAAGAUGUAUGCAAGACCUCACCAGCUAAGCCAGGAUGAAAAGUUUGCAGAAAUUUAUCAUACACUUAUACAUUCGCCAGCCCUGGAGACCUUACUCAAUUUAGAACAUGAAUACUCUCUUGGCGUUGAAAGAGUGACCAAAGAAAGAGAUAAAGAUCUUCAACACCUACAAGAUAAACAGCGAGCUGAAAUGGAUGAAGCAUUAAAAAAUGUUGGCAGUGUAUACAAAGAUGAAGAUAUCAAUUUGCUAGCUCAAAGACAGUUUGAAAACACCCAGGUAGUAGAAAGUAAAUGGACAAGCGAACUACGAAACUUACACGAACAACAAAAAGCUGAGUACAGGGAGUGGGUAUUUCAAGUUCAUGAAGAUUCACAAGGGAAAGCUCCACUCCCUCCAUAUGUCCAAAGGCUACGUAGUCUGUCUGCCAGUCUACCUGACGCUGAAGCAGAAGAAAGGCACGCCCAUAUAUCUAGAUUAGAAGAAAGUUUUACUAUACAUUUAGGUGCCCAAAUGAAAACAACACACAACUUGAGAUUACUUUGUACUGAUGUUCUAGAUUUGUGCCGGCACAAACCUCACACAGUUGGGGGCCUGGUUAUUCCUCAGCCACAGAGGUUACAGACUGCAAUGUCUUUGUAUUCAAACAACCUUUGUGGAUUGGUUUUAUUGGUAGACAACCGUCUUAAUUCAUAUACUGGUAUUAAGCACAAGUUUGCUCAAAUCUGUGAUAGCUCAACUGAUUUCCACUUCCCCCCAUUAGAUGAACAGUUUCAUGUAAUAGAACAACAGCUGCCAAAAGCUGCCCAAGUAAAAGCUAAAAAGAAAGGCUCCUCUGAUGAGGUGGAUGAUAGCAGCAUACACAGCUCAAGUAGUAGUUCUAGUGAAGAGAAGGAAAAAGCUGGUGAUAAACGGCUCCACUCAGGUGAUUUCUAUCUAACUAAACAUUCCAACCUGUCUGAAGUUCACAUCGUGUUUCACGUGGUCACUGAUGACAACCUGCGUACCUCAGACAUAACAUCCAGACACCCAGUUAUUCUAAGCAUACGAAACAUCAUCAAGCUGUGCUUUCGUUAUGACAUUGACACUGUGACCAUUCCACUUUUACUGACUCAUGAAAUGUCUGAGGAGAUGACAAUUUCAUGGUGUAUGAAAAGAGCAGAGCUGAUGUUUAAAUGUGUUAAAGGCUUUAUGAUAGAAAUGGCUACCUACAGUAGUCAGGAGUCAAGAACCAUACAGUUUUUAGUGCCCAGGGGUUUGUCAGAGGAAUUGUUUCAUCAAAUUAGCAACAUGAUUCCUACAAUUUUUAGAUUGUCCAACCCACUAGUUGUUAAAUCUUAUUAAAUUCCCUUUUCAUUCCUUUUUUGUUUGGACAUUCAAUUUAUUGUAACUUAUUUUGUUGGCUUUAUGUUAUUGUCAAAGUGCUUCAUUACAAUUGAAACUAAAAUUAACUUAUUUAUUUGUAAAUAGUUACUUAUUUAUUUAAUAAAUGAAUACCUACCUACCAACCUAUCUGAUAAUUUUUACUAUCAAUAUUUUAGUCAUACCAAUAUCAGUAAUUUGAUUUUUCUUGUCAUGACUUUUGCAUUUAAAAUAAAUAAUGUCAGUGCAUUGAA